AGUUCGCCAUGAACUCGGCUGAUCCAUGAGACCAUGAAUAAUUCAUCCGCACCAUAAAUCCGGAACGCGUGCGCUGCGUGGCAUACGCAGGUGUUCGACCAAGAAAAAACCGCAGCAGCCGCCGCCCGCCAUGGCUGCCACGGCGGCGGAGACCGCCGCCGCCGCCACCGCCACCGCCGGCGGCUGCAGGGUCGUGCGGUGGCGGCGCUGGACGUUCGCCAGCCUGGGCGCGCUGCUGUCCAACCUCGGCCCGGUGUGGUUCCUCAUCGCGCCGCUGCUCGCCGCGUACGCGCCGCGGCGGCUGCUCCUGACCUACUUCAACCUCGUCCUCCGCCGCCGGGCGCGCCGCCUGCUCGCCGCCGUCGACCCCUACGUCACCGUCGACAUCCCCGACCCCGGCGCCGCCGACGCGCACCAGCAGUACUACCACCACCGCUCCAGGCUCGGCGGCCGCCGCGCCGGCGACAACGCGUACGAGGAGGUGAAGGCGUACCUGAGCGCCGCGUGCUCGUCGGAGGCCCGCGAGCUCCGCGCCGAGGCCGCGGCGGAGGGCCGCGGCCUCGUCGUCAGCAUGCGCGACGGGCAGGACGUCGCCGACGAGUUCCGCGGCGCCACCAUGUGGUGGUCGUCGGUGGACGAGGAGCAGCAGGGCGGCGGCGCGCGGCGGCGCAGCCAGCGGCUCACGUUCCACCAGCUCCACCGGCGGCUCGUCGUCGACGAGUACCUCCCCCACGUCCGCCGCCGCGGCCGCGAGCUCCUCUUCCACAACCGCCGCCGCCGCCUCUACACCAACAACAAGAGCCUCAGCUACAGCAGCGUCUACCACAAGGCGUGGAGCUACGUCAACUUCGACCACCCGACCACGUUCGAGACGCUGGCCAUGGAGCCGGCCAAGAAGGCGGCGAUCAUGGACGACCUCGACGCGUUCCGGCGAAGCGGGGAGUUCUACCGCCGCGCCGGCAAGCCGUGGAAGAGGGGGUACCUCCUGCACGGCCCGCCCGGCACCGGCAAGUCCACCAUGAUCGCCUCCAUGGCCAACUACCUCGACUACGACAUCUACGACGUCGAGCUCACCAUGGUGAGCGACAACAACGACCUCCGCAAGCUGCUGAUCGAGACGACGAGCAAGUCCAUCGUCGUCAUCGAGGACAUCGACUGCUCCCUCGACCUCACCGGAGACCGCGCCACGCGGCGUCCCGGCGAGAUCCGCGGCGGCGGCAGCAUGGUCACCCUCUCCGGCCUGCUCAACUUCAUCGACGGGCUCUGGUCGGCGAGCGGCGGCGAGCGCGUCGUCGUGUUCACCACCAACCACGUCGAGAAGCUGGACCCGGCGCUCAUCCGCCGCGGCCGCAUGGACAUGCACAUCGAGAUGUCCUACUGCCGCGCCGCCGCGUUCAGGACGCUGGCCAAGAACUACCUCGACGUCGACGCCCACCACCUGUUCGACGCCGUGGACGACAUACUGGACAAGGAGGACAUCACGCCGGCCGACGUCGCCGAGUGCCUCAUGGCGGCCAAGCGCUCCUCCGACUCCGACGUGACCUCCUCCCUCGAGUUCUUGGUCGACGAGCUCAACAAGAGAGCAAUGGAGAACGCCAAGGCGGUGGCCGAAGCGAAGGCGAGGGCGGAGGCGGAGGCGGAAGCCAAGGCAAUGGCUGACGACGACUCGGAGGAAGACGACGACCAUUAUUCGGAUGAUUACACUGACGACGACGACUACGACGACGAUUGAUUCAAGCUAAGAACUCAAAAUGCACAAGAAGAUACAAAGAAUCAACGGUCAAUUCUCUGCGAAAACUGAUACUGUUGCACUGACUGAUGUGUAGCUGUUCGAACUUCGAAACGAAAUUUAAAUGUAGCUGGUGUUUGGUUCAUUUCCUGUAAAUUCAAAUGUAAGAUACUAAGAUGAAUCUAAUUAGUAGGGAUGAUUGAGUUGA